AAGAAGUUGAUGUUCGAUAUAUCGCGGACAACAUCGCGCUGAAAGACGUUUAUUCGCGCCUAUUGCGCAUGUUGAAAAACUAUUUCAUCUAAAUUUUCAUGACGAAUACGCGGCUAGCCAUUCUCACGCGAUACUCUACGCUCUCACGUUCGGGGCCUCUACUUCAUGCGUGACGAUCGUCGAAUUGUGACGAUAUAAGGCUUUUGAUGAGCUUCUCCUGACGCAAUCGGUGAAGCGACCGACGUCGAUGUACGUAAGCAAACUGGAGUUGAACUCAGCCGCGAACGAGUCAUAAUCCGAAGUACGUCCCGCGGUUGAAAUCGAACUACUGCCAAGUACAAGAUACUGACGUUUCUAGUGUGAAUAGUAGCACCUAUAGAUGGAGACGCGUGAAGAGCGAACGCCUCAACGAAUCUACUGUUACCAGUCUCAAUGGCUGGCGACAAGGUCUUCUUGAUGCGGAACUCCAAAGGUUAGACUUACUCUCGGUGACGCGAAAUCAACGGCAGGCAACAAACGAAUUUGUCUCGACCAGAGAUCAAAGCGAAGCUUAGUACGUAGUAGCGCCAGGACAGUCGAGACAGAUAACAGGGACAGCUGGUCAGUUGUAGCGCUUGAACGAUCGUAAUCGCGCUCUCUACUGUGAAAUCCUUUUGGCGGCACUACCCGACUCGCCAGCGCAGAAAACAAAAAUUUGGAGUGCUCGUAGCACUCAACCUCGACUACGACGUCGUAGGAGAUUCAUCACGUAGGUAGAACUCUUCUUCUUCCUCUUCGAAUACCGAACAUCUCCUCCCCACCGACAAGAUGCCACCACGAUUACAGUUUUCGGUCGACGUCGACGCCGAAGACACGGUGUCAAUGACGUGGAAUGUGAGUGCGGAUGGAAGCAUAGAACACAAGCCUUCAGGCAUGAAAAUAUCACACGAUGGUGGGGUGCAGAUGGAUGGGCAACAGUAGUUUACUUGGAUUGUCCAAAAAAUAUCAAAAAAAUAGUUUACUUGCGGAUUAGUUUUUGGAUCAAUAGUUUUUUUUCCUGCAGAAGCAACACUGCGCUUAACACAGUAUGAUACAUGAUCUCUUCAGAUUUGUCUCGACAGAAGACUCAUCAACGGCAAUCUAUCCUAUCCUAUCCUAUUUGUACUGCAACGACAAACCUAAUAGUCUGGUUUCUUUCCAUUGAACAACAAAGGUAUAAACUCUCACCAGCAGAUAUCGAGCUUGACGGUGAUAUGCUGGGACACGGCGCAGGAGGAAUAGUGCAGAAGGGCGUUCAUAAACCAACAGGAACGCCUGUCGCUAUCAAGACGAUAAAAGUACUCGCAGUUUUUCUCUUGCUACCAAUUGUGAUUACGAGUGAAAAAAUUGGAGUGCUGAUUUUUUUCAGCACCUUGCGUCCUUACUUUUCAGCAGCUCCUAAAUUAUCAUAACAGGUCGACGCAAAAGCGAAGAAGGAGCAGAUGCUGAACGAAAUACGAGGGUUGAUAAAUGCGCAAGGAUGCCCGCAACUAGUGCAGUGGUAUGCCGCAUUUGUCGCAAAGAAUACUGGAGCUGUCCACGUCGCAUUGGAGCUGAUGGAUAGAGGGAGUUUAGCAGACAUAAAGAAGAAAUUGCCAGCUGAAGUCACAGGAGUGCCGGAGAAAAUAUUAGGAAGUACUCGACGAUGAAGCAUUUCAGUUUUUCGUUUCAUCUAAAACUACACUUAUCACUUAAGUAAUAUCAUCCAAACUUAUCACUUAAUAUCAUCCACUACUGUUCAUAUUGUGUUUCAUAUUGUUCUACUAAAACUCAUCAAAGGUAUAGCCCGCGACGUGCUUCUCGGAUUAGCACAUCUUCACGGGAAAAAGAAGAUGUUGCAUAGAGACAUAAAGCCGGAGAAUAUACUGAUUUAAGGCUCAACUUUCAAUGGUCAUUGGGGUUGGUCACUGAGAUCGAAGAGGCGACCCCUUGAGAGAUCAGGGGAAAACGAAGGGAAAGCAGAGAGCUUGGAAGGGGGUCUCUUCCGUUCAGAGUCUGUGACCAAUGAAUGCUGCGCUUUAACUGAUGAACGCAAAAGGUGAAGUAAAGUUGACGGACUUCGGCAUAUCAAGAGACUUGAAUAGCACAGUGGCUAUGGCGGCAACGUAAGAUGAGAAUUUCAAUUUGUGUUGACUUGCCCAAGCUUCAAUUCAUCGACAAAGGAACAAACUCGGUCGUAGUGGAGGCCACGCAUCGUCCCACCCCCAAGCAACUCACAGGUUUGUCGGCACCGCCACAUAUAUGUCACCCGAGCGCGCAUUAGGCCAGGACUAUGGUUACGGUAGCGACAUAUGGUCAGUGGGCAUGGUCAUAUACGAGCUAGCGACAAGAACAUACCCUUUCCCCAGUAUAACGAGCUUCCCAGUAUUGUUCGACUACCUGUGUACGCGCGACGAGCCGAGGCUGGAUAAGGAGAAGUACUAACUGUUUUGAUUCUUGAAUAAGAGGAGAGCUUGAAAAACUACAAGAAACAUCAACAAGCUUGAUCCGAUCAAAAUGGUCGAACUAACAGUUCCGAGUUUGUUCAAGGUUCAAAUGAAUUCAACAAUAUAAACGUUCAUUGCAUCAAACCCAGGUAUUCACCAGAGCUCUGUGAGUUUAUCGAAAAGUCGCUUGUCCGAGACACUAGCCAGCGGCAGGGCGCGGAUAAUCUUCUAGAGUUACCUUGGGUCAAGAACGCCGCUUCAAAUGAGGAGGUUGCGAAGUGGCUGGUUGAGAUGGGGUUUACAGGGUGACGCUCGUUACCCAUCUUCAUGCUGUCUCAACUUCAGUAUCAUUCCCUGUAAAUUUGUCGCUGGAAAUGUUCUUCGUAUCAAAAAAUGUUGGCUUUGGGUUUUUAAUAGCAAUUUUUACGUCUCUUUGGUGUUUGUAUAGAUUUAAAUAAAUGAGAAUGUAUUGAUUCUUCCCGUAUAGGUAUCAUGAUUUUCGAUUAACCAGCUGUGGCACCUGUAAAAUGGGUCGCCAAGUCUCUUUUGUUAAGCAGUGUAGUCAUUUGUUGAUAGAUAGUCUUACGCCGCUGGACGACUUCUUACAGUCAUCGAAUUUUACGCUCUUGAUUCUUACCGUAGAACAUCUGCUCACCGUGCGCACCACGACAUAUUAUUUUUACGCGAGCCAGUAUGUAAAAAAAUGUGCAUGUGGCAGGUUGUUCCUCAUGUAUUGUGAAAUAAGACACAGACACGUGUGCAUCCCUAAUCGAGUAUGUUUUUACAUCAAGAACAAAUAAGAUAGAAAAAAAUAGCGCCUACCUGGAACGUACGAAAA